AUGGUGGUGGUGGUAGGGUGUAGGGGACAGGAGCGGCGGCGGGGGAGUGAGAGUGAGACAGGUUGUGGUGGUGAUAGUGAUGGUGGAUUAGAAGAGAAAGAGUGCCCAUAUUAUUAUGAAGAAAAAAGAGUAGAGAGAAAGAAAGUGGAGGGAAGUGAUGGGAAGGCUUAUGUAGCUGCUUCGGGGAAGGUGAAUAUUGGUCCCGUUACAACUUUUCGAAUGAUGAAGGAAAUUGUUGGAGGUUAUGAUAACAUUGGUGCAUCUAAGCAAGAUUUCAAAAAAUUUCAUAGAGAUUUAAAAGCAUACAUUCAAGGAAGUGAUGCUCAAAUGUUUGUGGAUAACUUUACCAUUAAAAAGCUAAUGUGGAGCGCUUUUUUCUUUGACUUUGAGAUGGAUGAAGAUUAUUGCCUUUGUAGAGCAUUGUAUAACAUGGUGUUUACUCCAUUUACAGGGGUUGAUCAUUAUAAGAGCUGCAUUACUUUUGCUGCUGGUUUCAUAGCAAAGGAAGAUAUUGUGUCAUUUGAGUGGUUGUUCAUAUCAUUUCUCAAGGCAAUGGGGGGGAAUGAACCUAAUUGUACGAUCACGGAUCAUGAUCCAGCAAUGAAUAUAGCUGUUAAAAGUGUGUUUAAGAAGACUGAACAUCGAUUCUAUAUGUGGCACAUAAUGAAAAAGUUAGCAGAUAAGGUGGAGAAAUCAAUCAUGCAAGAAGAAACUGGUUUCCUAAAAAAAAUAUGUUCUUGCGUUUGGCAUCUUGAAAUUGAACCCGUUGAGUUUGAAGAAAGGUGGAACAAGGCGAUGGUUGAAUACCACUUGGAAGAUCAUGAGUGGUUAGGUUAUAUGUACAAGAUAAGGGACAAGUGGAUUCCAGCAUAUUUUAGAGAUGUGUUCCUUGGAGGAAUAAUGCGUACAACAUUAAGAUCUGAAAGUGAAAACAACUUUUUCUGCUCCUUUAUCAAUCCUCAUGUGUCACUUGUUGAGUUUUACUUGAGAUAUGAAGCUGCAAGUGAUGCCCAGAGACACACUCAAGGUUAG